AUGGAAGAGAGAAAGCUGGAAUUGAUUGUUCAAGACGUGGCUACCAUAAUGCGACAAAUUAUGCUCGAGAAGGAUAUACAUUUUGGUGUUUUCACGCCGAUUGAGGGGUUGCAUAUUGAAGUGCACGAAGAAAUUGGUAAGGGCCAUAACGGGAUCACAGUCUAUGAGGGCGAAUAUAAAGGUAAUCCUGUUGCCGUGAAAACCUUCCCUUGUGGUCACGUUGACGUAGAGGAGGGCACUGUCAACUUCAUACACAUGCGCCCACAUCGAAAUGUGGUAUCUAUUCACAAAGUAAUCCAGAGCUACAGGGGAUACGGGUUAAUUGUUCAAGAGCGAUGUGAUUUUAGUCUGCAGAAUCUCAUCGUCGCGCUCCGCCCUUCUUCUGAUUUCGAUAUGAUGCCUGGUGAUGCACCCGCAGUGGUUGUUCACAAAAAGAAGCUUUCAUCUCUCAAGGAUAGGAUGCGGAAGUUUGAGUUGUGGACAGCUAAUGGUCAUCCCUCGCAGACGUUGUUGAAACUAAUGGAGGAUGUGGCAUUAGGACUGGAUCACUUCCAUAAAUCUGGUAGAGUUCAUGGAGACUUGAGACCUGAAAAUGUGUUGAUUGUUAAAGAAGAUCACGAACGUCUAUCUGCGAAGCUAUCUGACGCGGGGAUUACCGGAUAUCAAACAUGGAUGGGAAAUCUUGCCCCUGGUCGUGCAAAACAGUUACUUCAUGGUCAGAGCCCUACACCGGAAACAGACAUGUUCUGCUUCGGUCGUCUCUUGCUCUUUUGUGCCUAUGAUGGACAGCAUCAAUUCGAUGCCUUUCGAGAUCCUGACGAGAAUACUAAGAAAAAUAGUGAGAAUCACGAUAUAGAAAAAUUGGAUUUGAACGUCGAAGUCAAGCUCCUCAUCAAGCGUUUGCUAAAUCCGCUUCCUCAGUCGAGGCCAACCAUAUCGGACGUGCUUAUUGAUCCAGCUUUUUGGAGUCCAAGCACGAGGAUGGACUUUCUAUCUGAAUUCUUCGCUAUCGUACAGAAGUUAAGGGGAGAUGAUCCUCAAAGCAUGGUUCUUACAAUAUUAUCUACCAAGAAGCACAAUUUCUUUGAUGUAACGUGGAAAGAGGGUUGGAAAUCCGGCAUAGAGGAUCGUUAUUUGGCUAUCCUAGCAGAUGCAAAUGUGCACUAUAACUUUCAGUCUGCCGAGCACUUGUUGCGAAUGGUGAGGAACGCGUGGGCUCACAGGCAGGAAGUUUCGGCAGGCCUGGAGCCCGGCGAGAGUUUAGAGACCUUCUUCACCAAAAGAUUUCCCAAUCUCUUGAUGGAGUCAUACCAAGUGGCUUUCAAUUACUUACAAAGAUAUCGAUACCUUGGGAAGUUCUUUACAAGGGACAAGCGUUGA